AUGGCUUCUCUUCUGCAGGCCCUGAAGAAGUCCCGUCUUCAUAAAUAUCGUUUCGACUACCGUACUGAUAUGAGUGUGGAUCUGAUGGCGGAGCUUCUAGCAAGAAAUCUCUACUACAGGCGCUUCUUCCCUUACUAUACGGGUGCCAUUUUGGCUGGAAUAGAUGAGAACGGCAAAGGAGCGGUGUUCAGCUACGAUCCUAUCGGGUGCGUAGAACGCAUUGCCUACUCGGCAAGUGGUGCAGCUGAACCAAUGAUGAUUCCCUUUUUGGAUUGCCAGAUUGGGCAUGUGACAUUGAGUGACGAGGCCGAGCAUCCGCCGCUUACGCUCCAGAGAGCAGUUUCACUCAUGAAGGUCAGUUUGCCUUCCUUUACUUAUUGUAUGCAGUAG